AUGAAUAAUUAUCCCAUUUCAGAUUUUAUUGUUUCUGAUCCCGAUACUCGUCAACUUUUAGACGAAUUCGAAAAAAAAAUACAGUAUGAUCACCCAUCUACUCCUUGCGCCUAUUGUUCUAUCCUAAUGAUGAGCACUGCUGCGAAAUGGGUUGAUUAUGACCCUGAUGAAACUUACGACCUAACGACAGCAUUCCCCAAACUUCAGCUACCUUUGCGUAUGAACAACCAAGACCGUAUCAAGAUUGCUGUUUGCUCGUCGUGCAAAACAGUAAAAAACCAUCAUUUCCCACCUGUAUUAGCGGCAAUACCUGAAGAAAUCAACGUGGUUCCAAUGGUGCUUCAUCGGACUAUCAAAGAAUAA